CCUGGAGGGCGAGCGUCAUGGCGGCGGCCUGUCCUCUCCCCAGGACUCCGGACCUGCCCACGCUGCACGCCAAGUUACGGGACUUGCUGAGCUUCCUAAGGGGCGCCCUGGCCAUUUCCAACGCGCACACGGUGGACUUCUAUACCAAUUCCGUCUGGCAGGAGCUGGUCGACUUGCCCCCCGAGAGCGUGCUGGCGGCGCUGAGGAAGUCGGCGACCGAGGCCGAGCGGCGGGAGGCGCUUCCCCUGGGGGAGGCAGAGGCGGGAUCAGGUUUCACUGAUCUCCCCAAAAUAUUCUGUGAAACUUCUCAGAAGCUGUUGAGUGUGGAAGCCUUUGCUCUAACUGCAGAGCACUGUUCUGUGCGAAGCUCGGGACUGUGCACUCCUGUUGAGCAGCUGCUGACAGCCCUCCGCGCAAAUAAACGACAGACAACUGAUGAAAAUGUGAAGGCAAUUGAGUUUAUGAAUACAAAAAAAUCACAUGAGGUUCAGGCAAUGUCAGAGCUAAUCUGCAGUAUUGCCGAUUACUGUGACUUAAAGCAGAUAAUUGACGUGGGUUCUGGUAAAGGCUAUCUAAGCUCCUUUUUGUCCUUAAAGUAUGGUUUGAAUGUUUACGGCAUCGAUUCCUCAAACACUAAUACUCAUGGAGCUAAGGAGAGAAACAGGAAAUUGAAGAAACACUGGAACCUGUAUCAUUCUCAGUCACAAGCGGACGCCAGCGGAUUAGCGUUAAAAAUGCCGAAAGAGUUGAAAGUGCCAAAGGAGGUGAAGUGUAAGGGGCAUUCUGGGAGCGUGCAGAGCAGCAGGCUUGGGAAUCAAGACGUGUCUGCCGAGGUUUUGCCUGAGUUUUCAGGGUCAGCAAUUUCAAUCAUCAGAAAACAGCAAAAAAAUCUGCUCGCUCAGCCAGUUGAGGAAGAAAAUUUGUGUUUUGAAGAUGCCUUUUCUCUCAUAGACCUUUUGCCUGUCGAUGCCAUCGAACCUACUUCAUCACAGGUGCACAACACAGAAAUGUCUGGACUGAGAAAAGAGAGAAGGAAUACGACAUCUAAAGCGAGGGACUCAAGCAUAUAUUCACCACUUACCUCUUUCAUCACUGCUGAUUCACAGUUGCAUGACAUUAUUGAAGAUCUGGAGGACUGUUUAAUGGUGGGCUUGCAUACUUGUGGUGACCUUGCACCUAAUACUCUGAGGAUAUUUGCAUCCAAGGCUGAAGUCAAAGGAGUUUGCAGUGUGGGUUGUUGCUACCAUCUCUUGUCUGAGGAAUUUGAAAACCAGCAUAAAGGAUAUGCUAAGGAAAACUGGGGAUUUCCAAUGUGCCACUAUCUGAAAGAGGAGAGAUGGUGCUGCGGCCGUAACGCGAGAAUGUCAGCAUGUUUGGCAUUGGAACGGGUUGCAGUUGGCCAAGGGCUGCCUACUGAAUCACUCUUCUAUCGUGCUGUUCUUCAGAACAUUAUCAAGGAUUAUUAUGGCAUCAGCAAAUGGGCCUCUAAUAAGGAAGUACUCUUGCUGUUAAGUUGAUGGCAGAAGUAGUGUGACAGAAAGCGACAGUCUUGUCUAUGGAACCUUCUGUUGAGGAACUCCUUAAGGUAACAGUGACUAGUGUACAGUAGAGUCCUUUCUGCUAGAGAGAGACUUAACGGCUUUUCUUUUGGAGUGUAGGGGAGAUCCCCUAGGAGCAUUCUUACAAUGAAAAGCAGGAAAUGAUAUUAGAUGGCAUCUUUUGUGACUAGCUAAUCAGUUUAGUUCAAUAUUCCAUAAUGUUUAAGCUGUACCUGUCUACUAUAUCAACAUCUGUUAGGCAUAAGAUAUAUAAUUAUUUGUUGAAGCUGAGAAUGAAAUGUAACCCGGUAAAACAUUUGUCUUGGCUUCCUCAGACUGUACCUGUUCAAACGCCUUCUCAUUCAAGACAGUGGUAAAAUCACAGAUGAAUGAGAAGAUAAUAAGGACUAUAGAAAUUCAGAAUAAGAAUACUGAUAACUACUUUUCGAAAAAGAUGAGGUGCACAGGAGCUUUUCUGUGUGAAUUACUAAUUCAGCUAAGGAGGGUAGGGACCGCUUCCCAUUCAGAAGUGAUUGCCUGCACAGAUAACAAGCGGAAGUGUGCUGGACAAUACAAACCAGUAAGCAAGCACUUAAAAAGAGAAAACCAAAGUUUACAAUGAUGGAUGCUGUGUGAGAAGAUGGGAAAUGUUGCCAUAAAUGUGGGUCCUGGUUGUAUAAUCGAUGAAAUUGUUAGUCACAACUUUUGGGGUCAAGAAGUGACAAAACACUUCUAAAAAAUGAAAAAACCUUCUAAAAGCAUGUAAACAGAAAUAAUUUCAAGGAUGUGUGUAGAACACUGAUGGGGUGAUGGGGACACGAAGAGCAAAAAGGGGAAGGAAGCAGGAGAGGAGAGGGUAUGGGGAGGGAUAACUGACAGGAGAGAACGUGGAACACGCCUUAUAGAAACCUACUGUAGAAGCUUCCAGAAGUACGUACAUAUGUGUAUACAUACAGAAAAGGGGAUUAAAUGCUGUUACCCUGUGACAGGGCACCAUUUCCUUCCCAGAUAUCACAGGCCGUUAAAUAAAAAUCUCAGUGCCAUGUGUGAGUUGCUCUCUCUGAGUUGUUAGCCAAUGAAGUACUAUAUAAGCCACCUCCAAAGAGCUACAAGCUACUGCCAUUUAUUUUAGCUACCUUCCAGACCAUGAUAGAAAAACCCUAUUUUUUUUUUUAAAGACAUCACAUACUUGAGUUGUAGGAUAUGAAGGAAUCAAGUUUCUGCUCACCUGGAAGCUCUCUCCUCACUGGCUAUUUUCAUGGUUCUAGAACAUUCUAUGCAUACUAGUGGGACAUCAAAAAGUCUUACUCAGUUGUGAACACUGAAAACUCUGAUAACAGCUGGCAUGGCAGGAUAUGCCACUGACAUGGCAUAGGACUAACCAGCAACAUUCUAGCUGGAUUUAAAGCCCACCCCACAAGAUGGAGCUCAUGCCUAAUAUUGUUAACUGGGCCAAAAUCCCAUAACUGGCUAGGUCAUGGACCCUAAGAGACAAGUUAAUACUAUUAUUCUACUAAGUGGACAUAGCAAUACACUGUCCCAGCCCCGUGUUCUUAUCUUUAUACCCAUAGGUUAGUCCAUA